AUGAAUAUCCUCCGCCUACUCCUGGCCACACUGCUGGUCUCCCUGUGCUUCCUCACUGCCUACAGCCACUUGGCACCUGAGGAAAAGCCCAGGGAUGACAGGAGCCUAAGGAGCAACUCUUCCGUGAACCUGUUGGAUUUCCCCUCUGUCUCGAUUGUAGUGCUGAACAAGAAAUCCAAAAAGAUCAGCAGAAAAGAGGCGGAAAAGAAGAGAUCUUCCAAGAAAGAGGCUUCCAUGAAGAACGUGGCUCGGCCCCGGCCCCGGCCCCCGCCGCCCACCCCCUGCGUGGCCACUCGUGACAGCUGCAAGUCGCCGGCGCCGGCCUGCUGCGACCCCUGCGCCUCCUGCCAGUGCCGCUUCUUCCGCAGCGUCUGCUCCUGCCGCGUGCUCAACCCCCUCUGCUGA